AUGUAUUCGUCAGUGUUUCCUAGAUUGGUGGCGGAAGAAUUUGCGGCCAGCAGUGUGACCGUCGACACCGACAACAACCCUUGGAAGGAGCCACCAGCGGACGUGAUGAAGAGGGGCAUGGCCUAUGCGGCUGUUUUUCUCAGGGACUUGGAUGACUACGGCAGGGCAUGGUCCAACCGCCUGAAGGUUGUGUUGGUUGGAUUGGGCGGGGCAGGGAAGACCAGUAUUGCCACACGACUCGAAGACCGACUCGGCGGUUGCUGUCCGAACCCCGAGGAGCGCACCGUAGGCGUGGAGAUACGGAACAUCAAGCUGGGACCUGGCGCAACCAGCGAAGGAAGCGGGCCGAAUGUCGAGCUAGACGUCAGCCUCUGGGAUUUUGCUGGGCAGAGAGCAUACUACGACACGCACCAGAUGUUCCUUACACAAGGCGCUCUCUUCGUUCUGGUUGUGGAUAUGUUCGCGUAUGCGGAGGGGCAUUCACCGGAGGAUGCGGUCGAACAGUGGCUUGACAUCCUGCAGGCCAGAGUCCCGGGUGCGGUUCUGCUCCUCGUGGGAACGCACACCGACUUAUUUGAAGACAAUGCAACCGAGUGCACCAAGCGAACGGAUAGGUUCAAGAAAGAUGUGGAAAAGAUCAUGAAGCGAAUAAGCUGCCAAUGUGACUCGGCCAAGAACCUUGCGGAAACAGAACUGGGAGAGAGACACCCGGACUUGGAGGGAAACCCCCACUACCGACCCCUCCGCGUUGUGCUGGAGGAAGACUUGCUCACCCUUGACCUUACUUCCUCGGACUGGGAAGAUAUUGGCCUACUUCAGCGCCGUUUAGAGCACCUUGCCUACAACGGGUACGACGGCUACUCAUUCUCAUCCGUGAGAAGCGUCGUACCGGAACCGUAUUUGCCAGUCAUCGCAACGCUGGAAGCUGUUCGUCUGGGCGCGGAUUUGCGUGGUUCGGGCGGGACACGAGAAGCGGUGGUUCAAAGACUUCGGGAGGGGGACCCCAGGAAACGUCGAAGCUUCGUCAGAUUCUCGGAGGCCGUUUCACUUCAUCGCAAACAGCAAGAGGAGUCCACGCUCUCCCGAGUUUCCAACUUGGCCGCAUCGCUUCUGUUUCCCAAACAGGAAGAGGAAUCCAUGUCCUCUCGGAUUUCCAACUUAUUUGGCCGAGAUGAUGAACUGCGGCGCAUAUUUCUGGCCGCUAUCAAAUCACACGAGGCUUACGGCGCGAUUCUUCUGACUGAGGUUGAUGGGGGUGGGUGUCCUCAAGAGCAACGUAACGUGGGCAUCGGUGCUGCGGCAUCAGCAGCGGACCUCAUCAUCCACGUGAACCCGUCCCGGUUUGCUGAUCUGGUCCGCCGGGUGGUGGACGUUCGGUUGGUAGACCCGCGGCAGCAAGUAAAGGUGGAACAAGCGAUGGCGGCAUGCCCGUCAGUAAGGCCAAUGCUUUUGACACUCACAGAUCAGCACAAGAGGUUUGUCAAGGCGGGAGAGGUCAGCAAAGACUACCUCAAGUUUCUAUGGCUCCGAGACAUGGAGUUGGGCCAGGCAAGCCCAGAGGCACCGCCUCUGGAGAUGAGCGAAGCAGACGUCGACGUGAUGGUGGGUAGUUUGCUUGACGUCCGGUUCAUGUAUCGAGUGCGAGAUGGUCAUGACGCCUUCGUGCCGGACCGUUACGUUGUAGCAAGCUGUCUCCCGAACAAAGCUGGUCCGGAGGUGGAUCCGGGGAAGAUGUUAGAACUGAAGGCGGGAAGUGCGGUAUAUUCGCAGAAGCUGAAGCUGGUAGGGGCACAUGCUGUGCCCCCGGGGCUGGUGCCUCGGUUGUUGGCGUGGUGUGGACGUGGGGAGGGGCACAUCAAGGCGUGCUGGAAGCGAGGCGUGUGUUUUGCGUUCAAGAACCACAUGGUAUUGUUGUACGAGGUUCGGGAUACUGCUGGAAACUCGUGGAUUGAAUGCCACGCGAGGGGUAGUAUGUUCGACGAGAGUGCGAGAACGGCUCUGAAUGACAUCGGCGACCAGGUGAACGAGCUUAUCAACGACCGCAAAUACGGAUUCCCCGGCCUGGGCCUCAUCCGUGGAGAGUCCGAGGAGGCACUCGUCUCUUCGGAUGGUGACCACGAGGCUUUGGUGAAGCGUAUCGUGAACAUGCUGAGGGAUCAGAUGAACGUCAAGUUCAUGAUGGAUAGAAGCAUCAAGCAGGACCUGGCCUUCCUACGGUGGCCAAUCCCCCGCCUGGUGUGCGUGCUCCCCGCCCCCGAGAGCGGGGCGAAGCCCCUUGAGGAGAAAGAUAGGUCAUUCGACAAGUGGUCGGCCACCCUGCGAAACUGGUGCCUCGGCGGGAAGAGGAAGGGCAAGGGGGUUGCGACUCGAAAGCUGCGGUUGUUCUUCCUCUGUCCGUACGACAGGAGCCUCGCCGAGUGCGGCCCCGGAGGGCAAGGCUACGAGGUGACAGAAUUGCUGACCUGGGCGAAGAAAGCGAUCCCGUUGGCGAAGGUAGGUCUGGCCCUCGCCUCGACCGCGUUCAAGGUGUGCACUGGCCUUUCUAUUCCUGAGGCGGACUUCGAGGCAACCCUUGGGACAAAAGCCGGCGGUGCCUUGUCCACGUUCGUCGAGGAUUCACUGAACUCGGGUGGCGAGUCUAUGGCGAGCAUCGCCGGGGAGAGACUGGACGGCGGUACGGCGGACGAGCUGCUCCAGGGUGUUGGAGCGCAGAGAUUCGGGGCACAACAGGGAUGGCCUUCCCCUGUGCAAGCGUUUGCCUACGACGCACUCAAGGAGGUUAUCAAGCGUUUCGAGGUGGCUAAUAUGCGGGACAGGUCCCCCUUCCCGAGCUUCGACGUCAAGAUGCGUCUCGUGGACAGGGGUGGGCAAGGAGCAGAGUGGUCGUGGGUAAGGACCAAGAACAUUGACCAGUUCGUGGGCGCGUAAGCCAAGCUUGAGGCCGAGGGGCCGUGAUGUCCUUUUCCUCCCUUGAGAAGGACGCGAAAUCGAGGUCAAUCGUGGUUCUCCGACCCUCGUGAAUUAGGGCGGGCGUUCGUGACGUGGCGUUGUCGAUUGGUGGUAAUGCAUGAAUUUGUCGCCGUAUAUUGCACGCCUUUCAAAGGCGAUGUUCUUGGAGAAGAAGGCAUUCUGUAUUGGAGUGACAUGUCCCUGGGAUGGGCGAUGGAGGUGCCCAUCGGGGAAUAUGACGGGGCAGAACGAGGUCGACAUCCAAGUCUACAAGAUUUGACGAGGCGCGCGUUAUUCCGAGUUCUUAUGUUGCCUUCAUCGUUGUUUGGAUGAGGAGAAGCGACAGAUUGCUCGUUUGAGUAGCCAUCAACUGUUUUCGGGAAAAAUGGUUGCUGAGGAAUCGGAGUGUCGAGGUUCCCUGUUAAUCCUUGGGUCUAGCUUUCCUGUUCUUGCAUUGCCUUGUGUCCCUCUGUGAGCACUUGCUAAUAUUUAGCAGUUAUUUCGCUUAUAUUUAUUCGAGGAACGUAUAAUUCGAUUUGCGCGUCGGCGCUGACCAGCGUUCCGAUUGUUCGCGCGCUCAAGGAGCAGUAUUCCGAUUUUUGGGGCCCUGAGAAACCACUAUUCCAGCCAUUCCUGUUCACGUGAAAUUUGGCUUUUUCUUUCCGGCUUUUAUUCCGUAGUUUGCACGACGUCUCUCGCUCUUUCUGUGUUUUAUCCCUCUCUCUCAGCUCACACUAAUGUAAUGUUCGCU